CUCACCUUCACCUGUUACCGGCUGGCUUCUUAUCAGGAUCUUCAACAUGCCUCCAGCGGGCACACAACCUCGCAAACCGAAUGCUCCAUCAACAGCAGCCAAGGAGACAAACUCAUAUAUUCCGGAAUUUAUUUCCAAAAAGCCUUUCUACAUCGAAGAUGAGGACCAGAACGACUACCUCGAACAUCAACGGUUGCAGAAGGCCCAAUCAGAUCAAUCCAAAUGGUAUGAUCGAGGGAAGAAGCUUGGCCCUGCUGCGACCAAGUUCCGCAAGGGUGCAUGUGAAAACUGUGGUGCUAUGACGCAUAAAACUAAGGAAUGUCUGAGUAGGCCGAGAGCGAAGGGGGCAAGGUGGACUGGCAAAGAUAUACAAGCAGAUGAAGUAAUUCAGGGAGUGAGUUUGGGCUGGGAUGCUAAGAGGGAUAGGUGGAAUGGAUAUGACGCGAAGGAAUAUAAAGCUGUGAUGGACGAAUACGCGCAGCUCGAGGAGUUAAAGAAGGCAGCUCAGGUCACGGAGAGAGACGGUGAGGAUGAUGAUGGCGGGGAUGGUGCGAAGUAUGCAGAGGAGUCAGAUAUGGGUAGACACCAAAGUACAGCCACCAGACAACUACGAAUUCGAGAGGAUACUGCAAAGUAUUUGCUCAACCUCGAUUUGGAUUCAGCAAAGUAUGAUCCCAAGACGAGAUCUAUGGUGGACAGUGGGGCUACAGCAGAUACAGCUGCUGCUUUGGUUGCCGAAGAAGGGUUCAUGCGGGCUUCAGGAGAUGCAGCUGAGUUCGAGAAGGCACAGAGGUAUGCCUGGGAGUCACAAGAAAAGGCUGGAGAUACGAAACAGCAUCUACAAGCAAAUCCUACAUCUGGAGAGUACUACCGUCGGAAAGAAAAGGAAGAGGCAGAGGCAAAACGGCAAGCACAUAAGAAGAUGCUCCUGGAGAAGUAUGGCGGCGAGCUCAAUCCUGUAGCAGCCAAGCUUCAUAAUGCUGGCGUUAUUGAAUCUGAGAAGUACAUCGAGUACGAGGAAUCUGGGGCAGUCAAAGGGACUCCGAAGACUAACGCAAAGUCGAAGUAUCCGGAGGAUGUGCUCAUCAACAACCACACAUCUGUAUGGGGCAGCUGGUGGGAAAACUUCAAAUGGGGUUAUGCGUGCUGUCACUCAAUAGUCAAGAACAGUUAUUGUACUGGCGAGGAAGGCAAGAGAGCCUUUGAGGAAGCCGAUCGUCUUCGAACUGGUGGGGCUUUUGUAUUUGGGGAAUCUGUCAAGGAAAUCGAGUGGCCCUCAGGUCCGUCGGCUGAGACAACGAAAGAUGAAGCUGACGGUUUGUCGACAUCCAAGAAGCGUACUAUGCAGGAGAUGACAGGAGUGUCGGAGGAGGAGAUGGAUGCAUAUAGAAGGAAAAGGACGGCCACAAAUGAUCCCAUGGCUGCAUUCUUGGGAAAGGACAAACUUUUAUGAUAUUUGCGCGAACUCAAGAAAGUUUGCACGAUAAGGUGUUAUGGAGUUUACAUAAUCA